AUGUCGGUGUGCUCAGUAUUGAUUUAUGGCUUAAUUGGCUUAAUUCUCUACUGUCUUCAUUUGAUGAAGAAGCGUCUGAAUUACUGGCAGUCGCGGGGUAUUGCUUGUGAAGAACCGCAUUUCAUUUUCGGAAAUUUGCAUGGAAUACGCAAAACACGAUCCUUCAACGAUGUUUGGACACAUUAUUAUCAAAAAUUCAAAGGCACUGGACCAUUUGCUGGAUUUUAUUGGUUCCAAAAACCAGCAGUAUUUGUUCUAGAUACAACACUUGCUAAAAAUAUACUCAUUAAAGAUUUUGCAAAAUUCACAGAUAGAGGAUUUUACUCAAAUGAAAAAGAUGAUCCGCUUACCGGUCAACUGUUUCUCUUGGAUGGACAUAAGUGGCGCAGAAUGCGUAAUAAAUUAUCGCCAACUUUUACCUCGGGUAAAAUGAAGUUUAUGUUUCCAACAGUAGUCAAAGUUGGUGAGGAAUUUAUAAAUGUCUUUGGUGGUAUGGUAAAUAAAAGUGCUGUUAUUGAGGUUAAGGAGUUACUUGCUCGUUUUACAAUGGAUGUAAUUGGUACUUGUGCAUUUGGCAUUGAUUGUUGUAGUUUACGUGAUCCAAAGGCAGAAAUAUAUAUAAUGGGUAAAAGAAGUUUGACUGAUACCCGACAUGGUAGUAUAGGGAUUGCUUUUGUCUCGAGUUUUCCGGAAUUGGCACAAAAACUAGGCAUGAAACAAACCCCCACACACAUUGAGGAAUUUUUCAUGCGGAUUGUACGCGAAACAGUUGACCAUCGUGAGAGAAAUAAUAUUCGACGAAACGAUUUCAUGGACAUGUUGAUUGAUAUGAAGAAUAACAAGUUACUAAAAUCAGAAGAUGGAGAACAUAUGUCGAACUUAACUAUAGAAGAGCUUACUGCACAAGCUUUUGUAUUCUUCGCAGCAGGUUUUGAAACGUCUUCAACAACAAUGGGAUUUGCUUUGUUCGAACUUGCACAAAAUCAGGAUAUUCAAGAAAAACUAAGAACUGAAGUUAGAAAUGUUUUUUCAAAGUAUAACGACCAAUUUAGUUAUGAAUGCAUGAAAGAUAUGCAUUACCUUGAUCAGGUUAUAUCAGAAACCCUACGUUUGUAUACAGUGUUACCAGUAUUGAAUCGCAAAAGCUUGGAAGAUUAUGUAGUGCCUGAUAAUCCGAAAUAUGUUAUUAAGAAAGGCACUCCUAUACUCAUACCAGCCGGAGCUAUACAUCGCGAUGAAAAAUAUUAUCCAAAUCCAAAUCAGUUCAAUCCAGAUAAUUUUUCACCUGAUAAAGUAAAAGAGCGUGACACAGUAGAGUGGCUACCUUUUGGUGAUGGUCCACGUAACUGUAUUGGAAUGCGUUUUGGUCAAAUGCAGUCCCGUAUUGGUCUUGCUUAUUUGUUAAGAGACUUUAGAUUUUCUGUGUGCAAGGAGACUAUCAUACCGAUGAAAUACGACAAGAAAUCUUUCCUGAUUAGUUCCGAGGGAGGCAUUUAUCUAAAAGUAGAGAAGAUAUAAGAUGUUUAAAUGUUAAAUGCUAGUUUAUCUAUCAAAGUAUUUAAAAUUUUAAAUUGUUGAUAUAUUUUGUUUCAAUGGA